AAGCAUCACCCCUCCAUGGCCUCUGCAUCAAUCAGCUCCUGCUUCCAGGUUCCCUGUUUGAGUUCCUGCCUUGGCCUGUCACAGGAGACUGUGACUGGGCAUAUGUAAACCAAAUGAAACCCUUUCCUCCUGAAGUUGCUGUUGAUUAUGAUGUUUCAUCACAGCGGUAGUUAGUAAUCCUCAGUCCCGCAUCCCACCCUUGGACGUUGAUACUUCUGGCCAAUAAGCCUUGGACCUAAGAGGGCGGUUCAACUUCGGGCAGGGAGAGACUGGCCCUCUGCUCACCCGUGACAUGAGGAUUCAGGCCUGGCGAGGUCUGAGAGAUCUGGCUGAUGCUCCGUGCUCCACUGCCGCUCUUCCCUGUUGCUCCCCCCACCCCGCCUCUGUCCCCGCCCCCAUUGCAGAUAUAAAGCCCAGCCUGGUUCGCAGACUUCAGCCACAUCCCCCUGGCCCUGCCACACGGCCAUGGCCCAGUGCGGGACGCUGGUGGCCGCAGCCCUGGCGCUGCCCUUGCUGCUCCUGCCGCCGGCCCUGGCGUGGUACAAGCCUGCGGCGGGACCCCACCACUACUCGGUGGGCCGCGCCGCGGGGCUACUGUCCAGCUUCCACAGGUUCCCGUCCGCGCGACGCUCCGAGUCCUCAGCACUCCCCGUCGGAACAGGACCCCUACGCUUGGAGAUGCGCCCCAGCCUAAGGAGCCUUGCCCUGUGUGUCAAAGAGGUGACCCCGAACCUGCAGAGCUGCCAGCGGCAAUUCAACAGCCCAGGGACUUUCCAGUGUAAGGCGGACGUCUUCUUGUCGCUGCAGGAGGCUGAAUGUCCACGCCUGCACCCUGAACCCAAACCCAAACCUCGACUGGCUGUGGUGGGUGACCCCCGUGCCCAGUCUUGCUCGAUGCUUGAAGCAGCGCCGGCCCUGUCAUGUGGGUUGACGCCUGUGGCCCCCUAACCCUAUCACGUUCCGUAUCAAAUGGCUAAAUGAAUAAAGAAGCAAAGCUGUCUCUGC